UUCCUUCUCCCAGCGGAGACGCCCCCGCCGAGAUAUUGGUUCCGAACCUGGCAGAGCCGGAGCCCCCCGCCCGGCGACGCCAGGUCACGUGACCGGCGCCCCCCAUGACGUGCGGGCUGCGGGUUAUCUCAGUCAAGUUGGGGCGACCUGCUGAGUGGCCGGCUUACCUGCGUCACCUGUGCGAUCACGGUGCUGCCAUGGACCUGGGACCCAUGCGCAAGAGUUACCGAAGGGACCAAGAGGCCUUUGAGGAGACUCAACUAGCCUCCCUGGACCCCAUGAAGCAAUUUGCCACCUGGUUUGAGGAGGCUGUCCAGUGUCCUGGCAUAGGGGAAGCCAACGCCAUGUGUCUGGCCACCUGUACCAGGGACGGGAAGCCCUCCGCCCGCAUGCUGCUGCUGAAAGGCUUUGGCAAGGAUGGCUUCCGCUUCUUCACCAACUUUGAGAGCCGCAAAGGAAAGGAACUGAACUCGAAUCCUUUUGCAUCCCUCGUCUUCUACUGGGAGCCCCUUAAUCGCCAGGUGCGUGUGGAAGGCACCGUGAAGAAGCUGCCCGAGGAAGAAGCCGAGAACUACUUCCAUUCCCGCCCCAAGAGCAGCCAGAUCGGAGCUGUGGUCAGUCGGCAGAGUUCUGUCAUCCCCGAUCGAGAUUAUCUAAGAAAGAAAAACCAGGAACUGGAGCAGCUCUACCAGGAGCAAGAAGUGCCCAAGCCUGAGUACUGGGGUGGCUACAUCCUGUGCCCGCAAGUGAUAGAGUUCUGGCAAGGCCAAACCAACCGCCUGCAUGACCGGAUUGUCUUUCGGCGCAGUAUGCCCACGGGAGAUAUGGCAUUGGGGCCCAUGACCCACAAGGGGGAGGAAGGCUGGCUUUAUGAGAGACUGGCCCCUUGACUUUGAUCACAGCCCUGCUGGCCACUGGUGAAGCUGAGGGAAGGGAGCUGAGCCCCUUGGGAACUGACCCUCCUCCCCACCCUGGCACCCAGGCCUCAGCCCUCUGUUGGCUCCCCGUCGACUGCUAGAGUGAGUGUGACAGUGCUGUAGAGGAUGACGGAGGGUGACCGCUGGGAAGUGGCAAUACCCAAAUAACCUUCUUGACCUCACUUAUGAUUUAUUUCUUGGAGCAGCUCCCUCCCCCCCGGGAAUGGCAGUGGCCACUACUCCCUUUGGGGUGACUGGAUGAACCCCGGUACCCCAGCAGCCUUACCAGAGAUACUUGAGUCACACUGGUUCAAGCUGAUGGGCUCCAGCAUAAGCUCUAGAACCUGUCCAGCCAAUCAGAUUUUCUUGCCAAUAAUUUGACUUUUUGAAAUGGAGAGACAGGGCCCCGCCCUGCAAAGCCAUUGGAAUCCAUAAAAAAUAAAUUCCCAGAACCACCAUGGGCCCUUCCCUCCCACAUCGGGGCUGUGCAGUUUUUAUUCUCUCAGUUCCUUUGUGUGUGUGCUUUAGCUAGAAUUGAUUUCUGGGGUUUACAACAGACAGAACCUGGACGCACCUCUUGGUGGGACACUCACAGCCUUUACCCCACUGAUGCUGCCUUCUGUUCCCUGAAGCACAGCUGCAUGCUCCCCGGCACCCACAGUUGGGAAUUUUGGGGUGAGCAGUCAUCUCAGUAUGGCACAUGACUGCAGGCCAUCAGGAGUGCCCGGGAGGGGGCAGGCUGGUGGUCAGGGAGGGAGGAUGCUGUCGCUAGGGCCACUCAAUCCCGGCCAGUCAAUCACUCUGGGAAGGGAUUCAGGUAUUGGUUACCUACAGCCCAGGAAGAAUUUACUCAAGUGUUACUGUCCAUGUUUGCUCAAGCCAAUCCCGUGUGUGUGUGUACACGUGUUGAACUUUUCAAAUAUGAAAUUGAAUUAUUGCAGGGAUUUUGCUUUCCAAAUUGUUCCCACACUCCAUAUCCCCUUGGCCUACUCGCCACCUCUGCUGGUGACCAUCCUGGGAUCCCCAGCUGUCUCCCAUGCUGGGAUCCCCCAGGCAUUUCAGAACUCUUGGUGCCUGGGUCGCCCUGCUCUCUCUUGAGAGCAGCCUGGGUCCUGGGGAAGCUGCAAGCCGCCCUGGGGGAUUCUGAGCAACCAAGGUCAUGAGCACCUGCGCUUGCCGUGUCUUGUGUGGUGCUCCAGCAGCAGCUCUUGGGAGUCCAUCUGAGCCUCAGGUCCACCCUGGCCCCCGUGAACCCAAUUCUGCAAUUUAUUUACCAGGCUCCCCAGCUUCUAAGCCAGUGGCACACCCCGUCCUGUCCUGCUGGUGAUACCUCGUAACCCUUGGCUUAGUCCUGCGCUGAGCUGUAUUAGAUAUUUGUUCUUGAGCAAAAGCCUGCUGGCUACAGAGAGGAGCCAGGCUAGGUAAAUGUUUGUUAUGACUAAGCCACGAUCAGAAAACUAUUAUUUGCGCUGGUUGGCAUUGAACUUGCUACUCUGUCCACUAUUUCCUUCCACUGACUGGGCGUGGGUUUUACUGGCAUUGACAAGGGCUGCUCCUAGGACAGCCCCUUUGUGGGUCCUCCCACCCAGCCCCGUAACCUGAGUGUAGAGUUAACCCUGGGUGUCCUCACCUUACUUCGCCUGCUGGUUGUGCUGCGGGCUGUUUCGUGCUUGUGUGUGUGAAGUGCCCCCUACCUGUUAUUGGGGGCUAUGUGCCACCCACCCCCCAGUCUCAGCUCUUCCUUUUCGGUCCUCUGCCUGUCACUGUACCAAAUCAGUAAUAAAGCCUGUCAACUGUG